AUGGUCCCCGACCCUUCUCACUCUGGCCUUCCACUAGGCGAGUCACUGAUCAACCGUCCCGUCGGGAAUGGAGACUGCAUACUUCGUCCGCUCUCAGGUCCUACCAUAGUAGAACGGACAGCGUCCACCAAAACCAUAACCAGCAUUUCCGACGAAGCAGUUCAAGCCUAUGACGCCACCUUGGGCAAUUGGCGUCCAAUGCCAGAUGGAAAUUUAGCGGUGGAUAGAGCUGCCCUCUCUAUUUCGCCUGAUGAGCAGCAACGCAUGAGGGGAUCCAUGGGCCAUUUCGAUCCCACCGUCAUCCCUGAGGCUCUCCCUACCUGCCGUAGGGAUGAGAUUGUGGUCAUCAUAGCAGAAUUAUUUUCGAAAAUGCGGCCACCCCAGGCUACUCCUUCGUUGCCCUCGGUUGAGAUUUUUGACGAGUUGCUUAAGAUCUUUCUCACGACACAGAAGGAUCAGCCGCUUGGGUUUGUGCAUGUUCCAACGUUCAGCCCAUUACAUUGCGACAUAUCGCUCCUGAUGGCUUGUAUUACAGCUGGUGCCAUUUUUUCUCCAAAUCUGGCAGCUCACAAGUUUGGUAUAGCAAUGGUAGAGCUUUCACGCUUUAUUCCUCUUCUCGUAGAUCAAGAGAAUUAUCUAGCUCGCAGCGUAUCUCACAUUCAGUCAUAUAUUAUUCUGACGGAUGUCGCACUUUGGAGCGGUAAUAAGAGGAAGUCUGAGAUCUCGGACGUCAUGUCUGGGUUUCCCGUCACAAUGAUGAGACACGGUCAUCGUUUCAUAGCAUCGAACUACCCGCACAUCAGUCCAUCCCCUGAACUGACAGCGGAGCAGCUGGACGAAACUUGGAAACGCUGGGUGGAUCAAGAGUCAAUGAAGAGGACUGUCUUUCGAAGCUUGACAGCCUGCACGCAACGUGCCAUCGUCAGAGAUGCCCUGCCGCUAAUAUCUUGCCUUGAGGUUUCGACCCCGAUCCCAGAGCAGUCUGAGCUCUGGUACGCCAAUUCUGCUGCCGAGUGGAGGAAUUUGUACAUUCGUCUUCAAGCAUCCCAUGAAGAGCGAAGGCUGUCACUCACAGACUGUCUUGCGGAUGUCACAGCCAUACAGACGAUGCCGCCAUUACAAGAUGACGAUUUUGCGAGAAUGGCGGUAGCAGUUUCUCUAUUGUCUAUGGAUGUCCAGGACCGACGUCGAAAUAUAGUGUUUGUAGCACACUGUGACGAUAGAUGGUCGAAUCAGCAAGCUUUUGGUCCACCAACGGCUCAACAUCUGGCUUCAUUCGUUGAUGAGAUAGGGGGUCUAGUAAACAGUGAAGGCCCCAGGCCCAGAACGACGGCAGCUACUGCGCUCAUGUGCGAGUUUCAUGGCUUCUACAACGCGACGCCAACCUAUCUGAUAGAAGCCCUUCUAGGAAGCGAAAGACACGUGAAGGCUCGAGACGCCUUGCCUCAAUUAGAACAAUGGCGACAGACACGACAAGCGAGAACUGCGGUCUGGCAUGCUGGGCAACUUUUUCGGAUUGUUAGGGCAAUCAAGCCAAGAGAAAGAAUAGACUUCCAAGCUUUCGUCCUAUUCCAUGCCGCACUUUGUAUCUGGGCUUUUGGCAUUACGGGUAGAUCAUCGCCAAACGCCAAAGCAAAGGCACAGCAUGAAGUUGAUCAGAGUGGAGGGGGGAAAAUCAGGCUGGACGGGCUUGAGUCGCUCGAGACCCAGCGUUGGAUCAGCCGUAACCAAGGAUUCCCUUACAUUCCAGAUAGCAGCGAUAUGAUAGGAAUGCCUAACCAGGACACGAGUUUGAUACCAAUUUGUAGCGACGCUAUGUCCGGUAAUGGCUUCAUCUCGCCGCUACUAGAUGCACUCGAACAAUGCUUCUCACUUCAUAUAACUGGACGACGAUACUCACUUCUACACAACGCUUGCCAUGUUCUGAAAGCUCUAGCACGGGGUCCUAACAGACCAAGUUAG